UGUCUCUGUCUAUCUACAAGUAAGAUUAAGUCAUUGGGUAUUUUUGUUUAUUUGUUCUAUUUGAUUGAAAAUGAGAAUAACCUUUUCUUCUUGGUGGUUGUGCCAUUCUGUGCGAGGCUGAGAAAGAACGUACCAGAGGUUUGUGGAUUGUGAAGCCUGCCAACCAUUUGGAAGAGGUUUAUUGAGAUGCCAAGUACCUCAUACUCUCUGUUUCCAUAUUGGAGAAUCGUUGCCACCCUAGGGAGAGGGCUGAGAAGGCUGCUGCAGUGCCGAAUGAUGUCGUUGGCAUCGGCUGAAGGGGGAGGGGAAGCAAAUUCAAUGCAAGGUGGAGAA